GGAAAACACGAAUGCGCAUGUGCAGUGGGUCAACCAGAACAAGCCCAGUAGGAAGAAAACAAAAGUUCGGCCGCCAUUUUGGGGCAGGAGAAGCGGUUCUGCUGAAGGCAGAGUGGGACGGUGCUAACACCGUCUCCGAGUGGAAGCUGUGUUUGGAACACGGAGCUCAAGAAGGAGCUGGAGCCGAGAGGAGAAGCGAGAUGAGCGGGUCAGAGAUGAGUUAAAGGUCUGAAUAACCUCCAGUGUGUUACAGAGCGGGACACAGAGGACUGCAGUCCGAGCAGAGAGGGCGGCAGGGUGGCCUUCAGAGCUGCUCUAUCACUUCCGCCUUAAAAUCUACGGCCACACAGCCAGAAGAAGACCUGGAGCAGAUUCUCAGAGGUGGCCUAAUGGUCCGAGGUCGGGAUCUGAGCGACUUUGAGCGCGGCGUCAUUGUUGGGGCUCGGAUGGCAGGAGUUUCAGUCACCAAGGCCGCCCAGCUUACCGGCGUCUCGAUAGGAACAGUGACAAAAGUGACAGCGGCGUACAAGACGCAGGGGAAAUCGUCGGUGAGCCGCGUGGGGAACUGUGGGCGGCAGCGCUCAUUAGGUGAGCACGACGCACGGGCACUGGUGCAGUUUGUGAAGAAGAACCGCAGCGCCACGCUGGCUCAGGUCACGGAGAGCGUGAACGCUGGGCGGAGCCACAGCGUGUCAGCCAGAACGGUCCGCCGCCAGCUGCACAGGGAGGGCUACUACAAGGAGGUUACGGUGCCCAGAGCCAGCGCCACAGGAAGCCCAGAGGAUUGUGGGAAUGGUGAAGCAGAGGGAGAGGCGGAGCAGGAAGCAGAAGGACACUCGGAUGAUGUUGCCUCCACCGUUGAUCAGACAAGCUGAACCAAAUCACAAAGCUAAAAACUGACAGACUUAUCAUGUGACAGGAAGAGGAAGUGUGGCCUCAGCUUUUAGCAUGUCGAGAAACAUGUGAGCAGACCCUCGACAGGAAGUGAGAGUGUUAGUCGCACUCAGCUGAUCUGACACAAACAACUUCUAGAAUGAUCCAGUUUGAUCUGGUCUUAGUGCUCCUCCCGAGGACUGAAAAACACCUGUUCACCUGCGUACACACACACGCUCUAAACAUCCAGCUGUGCUGGGGUUAAAGGUCAAACCAAAGAACCACCAGCCUGUGAAUUACCCAGUCAUGUGAACCAUUGAUCAAUCACAGCGAUCAGUCCCUCACCCGUGGAGGAAGUUCAGUGAAAUGCAUCUUUAUAUGUUUCAAAAUAAAACUUUAUUUAAACAAAUUUCCUCUGUCAGCCUCAUAAAAGGUGGUAUUACUCAUCAGUUGACCUUAAUGAAAGUGACUUUUGUAGCCUGAUUGGCUGUUAAGGUGGUAUUAGAUACUUUCACCUUCUUGUCAUGGAAUUGAAGACUUAAAAGAUGAUCAGCUGUGAAGAUGGAGACACUUUUAAUCUGUUCUGUUACUCUGAAGGCUUUUAUUUUAAGCUGACCGAGCUAAAGAGGCCACCUGAGCAGGACUUCAGGAACCAUGUGAAUCACCUCACCAUUUAGAGCAAUGUCUCAGCCAAUGAAAGAAGAAAACAUGUUUGAUCACUUUGCCCUCUUUUGAUUGAUUUGUGUUUAGUGUAAUUAAUUUCAUGUUGAGAAAAAGUAAGAGUUCUUCAAAAAUGUACAUUUUAAGCAUCAAAAUACAACUGUUAAAAGAGGAACUAUUUAUUACGUUUUUUAAUGUUAUAGCAGUUAAAAUAGUAAAAACAUAAUGCAAAUAUUUACAAAAAUUAAUAUUAAGGGACGAUAUAUAACAAAAUGAAGUAGAAUAAUUAUAAAAUAUAAAAUAUCAAUUUAUUUGCUGUUUGCAUAGUUGUUUUUUUAUUGAGGGAACAGGAAACCACGUGACGUAAUCACGCAGAGUGACGUCGCUACGCUGUGGUUGUUAUUAUGUAGCAGUUGUCCUGCCGAGUGUCCAGCCCAAAGAGAAAGAGAUGUUUUUGAAUUAGUUGGUUAAGCUUAACCGGACGGUGGGACUCCUCCAGCUUCUCCGCCUGCCGCCCCAUGAGGCGUCCGGAUAAUUCAGCGACAUUUAACGGCAUAGAGUCCGCCAGCAGCUAGCUUAGCUCACCGGCUAGCCCCGGCUACUUAGCCGCUUAGCUGGCUCCGCCGGCGGACUUCGGGAUGGCAUCUUCCUUCAAGAUUCCCAAGAAGAAACAUCCUCAUGGCUCUGACUCCAGUCCCCUAGACAUGCAAUCACCUCUGUCCCGCCUCCAGACCUCCACCCCUCGACUACAGUUUUACGGGAAUCAGUCCGGCAGAGGUGGAGCUGACAGGAUGCAUUCUGGGAAUGCCGUGGGCGCUUCGUCAGCCAGACAGAGGACGCCGUGUAAGCAGCUCUUAGGAAACUUUGAGACGCAGCAGGAACUCAAGAGCCCCAUCGGGUGUGGAGCUUCAGACGCCAAUCACAGAGCAGCAGGCAGCUGGAGCUGCCAAUCACAAGCAGGGCAGAGAGAAGUGACAUCAAGCUGUUUGUCAAACAGAUGGCGUCCUAAGAGAGCAUCUGACCGGCUGCUGCAGCCUGAGGUGGCUUUAGAGCACCUGUCUCCACCACAGAAGAAGAAAGAGCUGUCAGCUUUGGUCAAUAAAAGGAUCUCCGUGGACUCUCUGGCUGAGUUCAGAGGUGACGAGCAUCUUGGGACUUUGAGUUCUUCUACACUGGGAGACAAGAGGUGGAGGAGAGUUGAGUCUAAUGGAGACACUUCUGAGGAGAAGAGCAACACAGGAACUCCUCCUGAAUCUCCUUUGAAACAACAGACGAAGAACUCUCCUAUCUCCAGAUUGAAUCAAACUCCACCCUCAGGCCUACAAAGAUCAUCUUCUUCCAUCUCCAUGGUCUUAUCGUCGACGACGACGCCAGUAAGGAGGGUGCGACUUGCCUCCACCAGCAACCUGAAGGUCGAUGACAGGGAGAAGGAGAGAGAGAGGUGGAGGCAGUUCAAAGAGAAGACUAAGAACAACAGGUCAGCUGUCCUCCACCUCCGACUGAGGACACCCAAACCGAAGCUGAGCCAACCAACUGAGCCAAUCGUGCUGUCCAGUGAGGAGGAGGAGGAGGACGGUGAGGGAAACGGAGAUGAAGCAAAGAGGACGUCACAUAGCAGCAACCAGGUUGAUGAAUCUCGUCAGGGAAACUCUGAGAAGGUGCAGGCUCCCAAACUGGUUCCUGUGACGCCAACGUCCUUCCUGCAGCUGGAGUUCGCCUCUCUUCAUGCUGGCCUGACGGCUGCAGAUGCUAACGGGCCGAUUAUGAUCACUGAAAGCGGGAUCAUGAUCCCCAUGAAAGGGGUGGAAGAGUGUCAGGUCAGCGUGGUGGCGUCUCAGGUUCGGGGUUACGGCCUGUGGGACGGGGGCGUGGCCCGCGGUGGAACUCUGCUGGCUGGUUGGGAAGGCCCCGCCCCCUCACUGCUCUUCCUGUGGGUGACGGAUGCUCAGGCCAACCUGCUGCAGAAGGAGCUGUCCUCCAUCCAGACCUCCUCUUCCUCCUCCUCGUCUUGCUUCUCGGGUCCUCCAUGCUGCUUCAUCCUCCUGCUAUUGAAGGAGCAGCUGCAGGAGCUCCAGGCCGCCCUGCUGGCCUCCAUCCUCGACAUGGAGGAGUACAAAGUCGCCACCCCCUCCACCUCUGAGGGCCCAGCCUCCCCUCUGGACUGGGCCAACGGCCUGCUGCUCCUCCACAGCUGUCCUCCUCCUGUGGACCAGCACCUCCUCAGACUGCUGGGACACUCGACGAGGUCGAGUCAGCUGAGCAGAGGUCAGAGAAACAAGUCCAGCCUAAACUCUGCUGGUCUUCCCACCAGGCUGAUCCAGUACCCCGUGGCCCCCUGCAAAGGCCGCAUCACCGUGACCAAGGAGGACCUGGCCUGUCUGGACGCUGGCGAGUUCCUCAAUGAUGUCAUCAUCGACUUCUACCUCAAGUAUCUCCUCCUGGAGGGCGUUGGCAGCUCGGUGGCUGAGAGGAGUCACGUCUUCAGCAGCUUCUUUUACAAGCAGCUGAGCAGACGGCGAGCGGCUGGCGAGGGCACCGCCCCCUAUGUCCCUGACCGUCACACACGGCACCAGCGGGUGAAGACGUGGACUCGCCACGUGGACAUUUUCACCAAAGACUUCCUGUUCGUGCCUGUCAAUCAAGAAGCUCACUGGUACCUGGUGGUGGUGUGUUUCCCGGGUCUGGAGGAGGCUCGGUACGAGGAGUUUCAGAGGCGAGCAGGGAAAUCCGGAGCUGCUGAAAAACCAAACUCUAGUCUCGUAUCGCAGCAGCCACCAGAGUCCAGUGAGCAGGGCUGGAAGAAGGACACAGUCUUAAAGAGGCCGUGCAUCCUGGUCAUGGACUCACUGAAACUGUCGUACCACGACAACGUCUGCAGACUCAUCAGAGACUACCUGCAGGUGGAGUGGGAGGUCCGCAGGAAGUCGCCUCGUCUGUUCACGUCCGACACAAUGAAGAGCUUCAACUGCAAAGUCCCUCAGCAGGACAACAGCAGCGACUGUGGACUCUACCUGCUGCAGUACGUCGAGAGCUUCUUACAGAACCCCGUGGUGCACUUUGACAUCCCUCUGCGGUUGGAGAGCUGGUUUCCGCGGCAGCGAGCGCGACAGAAGCGCGAUGAGAUCCGAAGUCUAAUCAUGAGUUUGCACCAGAGUCAGCUGAAGGAGGAGGAGCCAAAACCGUCGCCGAGCCGCUAACUUGCCGCCGCCGCUGCUGCUGCUUCAUUGACUGCUUCCUGUUUCACUCAGAGUCAAACUAUAUGUCUGUGAAUGUACAUAAAUUUUUACUGACACUUCCUGGUUUUUAAAAUAAAAGUAUUUAUUUAAAUUUUACAAUGUGAGGCUCUUAUUUUGAAAGCCUGGAGCUGGCGUGCUGCAGAGUGAAACGUGUAAUUGGUGAAUUAAUUGGUAAUCAGUUGUGAGUGAAGUGAGGAGAGUGUGUCCUUGGUGUUUGUCUAAGCUGGGGUCAGAGGUCACUGGGUUACUACCAGCGAGUGUCUUGGUGUUUUCUAGCAUUCCGACUUCUUUAAUCCACUUUUUAAAUUUAUUUUCCUUCAUAUUUUAGUUGUCUCCUGUUCGAACAUAAUGCGAUAUGUUUUUAUUUCUGUGUCUGUGUAAAAACCUGUUUAUGUCUGCUUUUGUGUGCGUUCGAUUGUGUGGGCUAGUUGGGUAAUCUGUGGUUUUAGCUGAGUGCCUCCCCACUGAGAACCAAUCAGCUUACCGCUUAUUAAGUGGAUCAGACAGGAGGGGGCGCCGGCCUCAAGGAGGGCUUAUACAUUUAAAGACAGGAGCGCCACAGUAGAGGCCAAGAUUAGUGGAUGAGCAUAAUGACUGCUAAUUACUCACCUCUAUGGAGCCCAAAAAAACUUUUUUAACUGAGGUGGGACGCUCCAUAGAGCCGCUGCAUGUCAACGUAACGGCUGUCAGAAAACUGAGAGAAUAAAGUUUUCUAACCAAAAUAAACUUGUUAAAAUUUAAAAACAUUAAAAACACCUUAGAAAUGUUGGCCUGUGCUCUCCUGUGUUUGUUGUCUGGCCUUGGUCUGACAUCAGUUCAGCCCAGUUUGGUCUCUUUUUGGUUCUGGUUGGCUCUGGUUAGGGAGCCCCUGACUCCUGAGUCAUAGUCCAGCCCAGUGUGGCCCUCUGUUGGUCCUGGCCUUGGAUGGACUCUAGUAUCUCUUACAUCUAGCCUUGGUCCAACCCUCUUUUGUUUGGGCCUUGGUCCUGGAUUCAAUGGGGCUCUGUUCUGUCUCUUCUCUGGUUCUGGUCCUGGUUUGACUCUGAACUGAUUGACUGACCUUUUUUAGGCCAUAGAACCAGUUAAUCUUAGCGAUGGGAGGUUGAGAUUAGACAGAUUUAUGGUCGCUAUGAGACCUCCCAAAAUAAUCUAAGUGAGCCCUGAAAACGGAAAACUGUAAGUCAUAGCUCGAAUAAAUCCUUCUCCGUUUGUUUUUCAUUCAACCUGCAUAUUUCUUUAGAGGUUUCUUCACUGUGUCUGUAGAACGUAUCUAUAUAAUAAAAUAGAUCAUGUAAAGAUAAUAAUACAUAUAAUUUUUGUAUAUUUCAUGUAAAUUAUGUUAAUAUGGACAUGUGACAUGUAAUGCAAAAUUAAGUGGUUUGAUUUUUCUUUUUUCAUGUAUUGUAGAUUUUUUUAUUAUUUUUCGUUAUUCACUGCAAAAAUGUUAAAUUACAGAAAGAUUUUGAUUAAAAUGGUAUUGAAACAGAGUGUGAGCUUAACUUUUAACAUGUUAGCACUUUCUGCUGAAAUCAUAAAAAAUACGAUGAAUAAAUCAUUUAAACCUUAUGGAUAAUCUGAAAAAUGCAAAACCUAACAAAGUAAUCUGAGUAAAGACUGAUGACUGGGUUAUUCAUGCUCUCAGGAGCUUUUGAGAAUUUAUUUUAUAUUUAGUGUCACUUAAAUGUUUUUUUUUUCUUUCUUUUUUUUAAAUGACUGUGAAGACUGUAAUGUUACCCGAGGAAAAAUAAACAUAUGACAUAUU